AUGCAGUUUGACGAAUUUUAUGAAACUAUCGGUGUUUUUGGUCCUUAUCAAAAGAUAAAGUACUUUCUCAUAUGUUUUACAAAUAUGCUUCCACCAGUGAUGGUUUAUGCGUGGACAUUUAUAGCAGCAACACCAUCGUUUCAUUGCCAUACACCAUUAGAUGAUCUAUCUGCAUUGAAUCUUCCCAAUCGAUUAUCGAGUCAAUAUAUUCCAACGGUUGAACAAUGUUUACAGUAUCAAAAAGGUGUUUCUUUAAAAGAAUGUCAACGAUGUUUUCAAGUUGUACAGAAUAGGACUAGUUAUGACUUGAUUCCAUGUCGAAAAUUUGUCUUCGAUCGUACAUUUUAUCAAUCAACACUUGUUGAAGACUGGUUAAUGGUGUGUGAUCGUGUAUCAUUGAGAAGUACAGUUCAAAUUGUGUUCUUUCUCGGUUAUAUGGUGGGUUCGUUGUUAUUCGGAAUACUUUCAGAUAAGUAUGGAAGACGACCGAUUAUGGGUGUGUCAUUUUUAGUUAUGUUUCUUGCUGGACUUAUAUGUGCAUUAGCUCCGGAAGAGUUUAUUGGACAAAAUACAAGUUAUCCUUUCUUUGCUAUCGGACGAUUCUUUCUUGCUUGUGCUACGCGUGGUAUUUCACUAACUGGUUUUGUUAUGGGUUCGGAACUUGGUGGACCUAAACAACGUUUAUUUUCCGGUAUUGUUAUUAAAUAUUUCUUCGUAUUUGGUCAAUUGUUACUUUUGACUUUGGCAUUAACGAUUCGAACAUGGCGAACACUGAAUGCUGUGUUAGCUGUUGUUCCUGUACCAUUUAUUUUCUUUUAUUUUAUUUUACCUGAAAGUCCACGUUGGUUGAUUUCAAACCAACGUUAUGACGAAGCCGAAGUUCUUCUUCAUCGAAUAGCAGAAAAGAAUCGAACUCAUUUCGAUCCAAUCGUUUAUAAACAAUUUGUCAAUGAGGACAAAAAAAGAGUCUCAGCAGCGAAAAAUCAAAACCAUGGAUUCAAAGCAAUACUUCGUUCGAAAGUAAUGACAAUUAUCGCAAUUAAUAUGUCAUAUCAAUGGUUUGUACAAAAUCUUGUUUUCUAUGGAAUUUCACAAAACACAGGUGCAUGGUUGAAGAAUCCAUACAUUUCAUUCGGCAUCAGUGCUUUGGUUGAAUUCGCUGCCUAUUUUGUUGUUCAGCUCGUUCUCGAUCGAUUGGGUCGUAAAUUACCUUACUGUUUAUUUGUAAUCGCUCUCGCACUCGUCACUUUACUAGUCUUACCAAUUCAAAUCUUUUUACCUAAAGAUAGUCAAGUCAAUAUUGCAUUAAAAUUUUUCGCGUCCGGUUCUUAUGUUAUUAUUUAUAUCUACGCUAAUGAAACAUUUCCAACACAAGGUCGAAAUACUGGUAUGGGUGUCUGUUCGAUGAUAGCACGUAUUGGUGCAAUUAUAGGAACAUAUUCGAAUGAUCAUUUAACACGAGCAUGGCAACAUUCACCGAUGGUUGUGUAUGGAAUUACAUCGGUAUUUGCGAUGCUUUUGGCAACGAUAUUUCCUGAAACAUUAGAUAAACCAUUACCUCAAUCAAUUGGCGAUGUUGAACAAAUGGGAUUGGCUUGUUCAAUUGGCCGAACGAGAAAACAUCGACAUCGACUGACGAAUGGUGUUAAGGAAGUUCAUGAAGAUAUUUCGUCGGGAAAAUAUUUGAAAGACGAUACUGACUUUUAA